GAUGGCGUCUCACGAGGAGUGAAAAUUUGAGGAAAUUUCUAACCGUAUACUUUCCAAGUUUUCUGGCAAUCGAAGUGAUGCAGCUUCACUGCAUUGGGUGGAAUUGAUAGUUUAGAAGCGUGUAAAAAGUAAAAUGAGGUUUGAUUGAGGAAUCUGUCUUGUUGAGAGAGGAAAUGAGACUUUUAAAACCAGCAUGGGUCUCUCAAGAGGGAAAACCAAUUUAUUCUGUGGAUAUUCAUCCUGAUGGGUCUAGAUUUGUUACAGGAGGUCAAGGCGAUGAUGCAGGCAAAGUGGUUAUCUGGAACAUGGCACCAGUUCGUUCUGAAGCCCAGGAGAACAAUAAAGAAAUCCCUAAACUUCUUUGCCAAAUGGAUAAUCAUUUAGCUUGUGUCAACAGUGUUCGGUGGUCAUGCAGUGGUACGUAUCUGGCAUCAGGUGGUGACGAUAAACUAAUCAUGAUCUGGCAAACCGGCCGAUAUUUGGGUAUUACCUCGAGUUUCGGCAGUAAGGCGAUGAAUGUGGAACAAUGGAGGUGUGUUCAUAUCUUGAGAGGUCAUACUGGUGAUGUCCUAGACCUUUGCUGGUCGCCUGAUGAUUCAAUGUUGGCCUCGUCCAGUGUGGAUAACACCGUCUAUAUAUGGAAUGCCCAGAAGUUCCCUGAGGUUACAUCUGUACUAAAGCAACAUUCCGGCAUGGUAAAAGGGGUCACAUGGGAUCCUAUAGGAAAGUAUAUGGCCUCACAAUCGGAUGAUAAAUACUUGAAUGUUUGGCGGACCUCAGAUUGGCAACUUGAGACCCAGAUUAGCGAACCUUUUGAGGAGUGUAGUGGUACCACUCAUGUCUUGAGACUUGGCUGGUCACCUGAUGGCCAUUAUGUUGUUUCUGCACAUGCAAUGAACAAUCGGGGACCAGUUGCUAAGAUUGUUGAGAGAGACGGAUGGAAGUGUCGUAUGGAUUUUGCUGGCCAUCGAAAGGCUAUUACGGUUGUGAGAUGGAAUCCCAGGCUUUUUACAAGAGCCUCAAGCAAUGAUUCCACAAAACUGAAGCAGUUCUGUUGUUGUGCUAUUGGCAGUCGAGACAGAUCAGUUUCAAUUUGGAUGACAACACUGAAAAGACCAAUGGUUGUUAUGCAUGAUUUGUUUGACCAAUCUGUGAUGGAUAUAUCGUGGAGUUCUUGCGGGUAUGAAAUGAUAGUUUGUUCCUCAGAUGGGACAGUCGCAUUUUUUCAGUUUGAGAAAAAAGAAAUGGGUGAUCCUAUGUCUGUCGAGGACAAGGAGCAACUUCACAAGAAGAUCUAUGGGACGUCAAUCGCCACGGUUAACAGGAACGUUGCUACCUCAAUCAUUGAGAAUCCUGAGAUGCUGAAAAUCCAACAACAGCAUAAAAUGAAAAAAGCUUUGGAGAAGAAAUCGAACGCAGGCGAAAAACCACCACCACCUCCUUUAAUACGAAAAGAUGACACUUCGGCCAUAGAUUCGCCUGGGACAAGCUUGUUGACUCCUUCAUCCAUGACCUCGCCUGUUCGAUCUGAACCGACACGAAUUGAUGUUUUAAAACAGCAGAUAGAAACGAGAACUAAAGAUGGCCGCCGGAGAAUAACUCCUCUGUUUGUGGCUGCUCAAGUUGAUAUUGGAGGUCCUCCUGUGCCCUUUGGAAGCUCCCCACUGAAGUCAUCAAGCGUAACUUCAAAUAUGCCCACAUCGUCACUGGAAAGCCGAAUAAGUGAAAAGACGCCAGUUUUGAGUGCGAUUGUCUCACCAGCGAAGAAAACAAACAACAACACAGCGACCCUCUCCAAGGUGACAUCUCUCUCUUCACCAACACCGCCCGCUCACUCCAGCCAAAAGUCAAACUCAUCCACAUCCAGUCCAGCCACGAUCUCCGUGAAACGAAAAGUCGAGAGUUCAUCAUCUCAAUCAAAACGGUCGAAGAAGGACAAGGAGACAGCUCCAAAGACUGUCUCGGCAUCGUCUUCUGCUUCAAAACAGAAAUCUUCAGAUGAUAAAAUCGAGCGUGAUGAAGUCGACACGUCAUUUAAUAAUUCGCAAUCCAUCGCUCUGCCAUAUCCUUCCCCUCAGAAAACACUUUCAUUGAAGAUUACAGGAGUGAUGCCCGAUAGCCCCGUCACUUUGCAAUUGGAAAAUAAUCUCAGUCAUUCGGCAUCAAAUCUUAACGUCCUAAAGUGUACGCAACCAGCAAAACUGAUUUGGGAGACCUGUAUAAAAAGUCCAGGAAUCGCGCUUGCCGGGAACAGAAACAUCGCUUGUGUUGCGUGUCAAGACAGAUCGCUUUGCAUAUUUUCGUCCAGCGGUCGAAGGAUCCUCCCGAACCUUGUGCUAGAUUCGUCUGUCUCCAUCCUUCAGUGCAACGUGUUCUACGUCAUGGUUGUGACGUCACGUGGUGGUGUUUACGUAUGGGACGCUCAAAAAAGAACUGCAAUUGUUAAAAAUGAAUCGGUCCAGCCUAUUUUAAGAGAUUCCGAGGUGACAAUUUCUCGGGCAGCGAUAUCGGAAAAAGGUUACCCAAUCAUCUCCCUAUCCACUGAAGCUUCUUACACAUUCAACGCUGAUCUUGGAGUUUGGGUGCAGUUAUCAAGCCCCGAAGAUCCUUUGCAGCUAAACUCAGAUUUCAAAUCAUGUUACAACACGCACGAAGUAAGCAAGUCGCAUGGGAUACUGGCCACGUUACAAGGACAAACUUCAAGGUUCAGUCGACCGGUCGGUCGCUUAUUUCGAUCAAGUUCUGCUCGUCCGCAGACGGCAACCAUCAGUCAUCUUGAGAAUCAGAUAUCUUCAACUCUUAUGCUUGGCUCUGAGAAGGAGUAUCAUUUCUGGUUCAUGACUUACGUCCGAUAUUUAGUACAAGAAGGAAUUGAUACGAGACUCCGCGAUGUAUGUAGCGAGUUACUGGGGCCGAGUUUCAGGUCUACAACAUGGGAACCAUAUAUUUUGGGAUUUCAAAAGAGAGAGUUGCUAAGAGAGAUUCUUCCAAUCAUUGGCACAAAUAUGCGACUACAGAGAAUGUUUACAGAGUACAAGGAACAACUCAGCAUCCUAUGACCUCAGCGUAUCCUUCGAGAUAUAAGCACCCAGGAUAUGAGAUGACCUUUAACGAUGUACAGACCUUCUAAAACUAAUGCAUUAGCUAUUUAUUCGUGUCACAAUUCUUUGGUAUCCAUGUAAAGGCGUACUUGUGGGUUAGGGGAAAGCGUGUAUAGAAAUAUAUUUAUAGAUAGCUAUUUUUAAAUAUAUGAAACUUCAUAUCUCCUCAAGAAGUUACACCUGACGAGCGUUACUAUAGUAAUCGAAGGCCAAAUGUCUUUUAUAUAGUCGGCUUUUAU